AUGUUCGGCGUCAUCGUCUCGGGCAGACCGGUCCUCACCGACGCGCAAGCCGUCUCCGACACCCAAUUCGCUUUUCAGGUCCCCUCGGUACCUUCGUUCUCGCACAUUGUAGUCUUCCUCCUCCCGGGGACGACGUUGCCAGAUGGCAUGGCGGCUGCAGUAUACGCGCAAUUACCCAACACGACAGAGUUCAAGCUCCUAGGCGCGAUCGCAAACGAGAAACCGAGCGCCAUUUUCAAGGUCAAUAACAAAGCGGGCGGACCUGCUGGCGGCGGCGUGGGCGAUGACGAUGCCAUGAUCGACGGAGCAGCCCCAAUGAACGGCGCUGCUGUGCCUCCGCUGGCUUUAGGCAUCUCGGUGGAGCCUGCGAUGCAGGUGGCCGCCAAUCUGGAGCAGAAAAAGGUCCAGGACGCUGCGAAUGCUGGCGCAGGCAAUGCGUUAGUCCUCCGACAGAACCCGGUCACGACGAAAGUUUUGGCGCAGCGCAUUAUCAAAAACUGCUACGACUUCCUCACGAGCUGGGGAAGUGGGGAUACGGUACCGUUGAAGGCUUUCCAAGCUUGGUGGACGAAGUUCGAAAACAAGAUUGAGCAUGAUCCAAGCUUCUUGGAGAGGAGCGACGGUGGAUAG